CAGGCUGCGUGGCUAUUUGGUGGCCAGGCCUUCGCCCUAAGCUCGGAGACCAUUUCCAGCGACGUCUAAUGUCGCAGUAAUAACAGGAAACUGGCAGCGGCGCCUUAUCUUGUGCCACAUGCGUACCACAUGAGAUGUGUAUCUUUGAGUUCAGUCUACAUUCGGGCGAUUAUGUGCUGAACCUUGCCCUCCAGGUCUUUCUGAGUGGGCGCUCCACCCUCCUUGUUUCAAGAAAGUGUGUGCUGCAGCGAGAAGAAGCCUCCGAGUAGGCAUAGCAUUCACACGUGCCUUCGCGCCGAGUCCACCUCCUAGCGUAUGAGCAUUUCGUUGAGGUAAUAGGAACCCAAGUCCCCGUCCCGCGCUCGAGGAAGUGGAGAAGCGCAGUCAUGAGUGCAGGCGUACUCAUCGCCCCCAGACCGUCAAUCUGGCCCGUUCCUGGGUACAUAUGUCGGAGGCGGAGCAAGUCCUCUGCCUCCCGCCCUCACGCUUUCCCUUCACUUUGGUACUGGCACAAUGCUAGCAUACUCGCAGAGUUCAUCCUCGACUCGGACGUCUCGCGCGAGCCACCCUUUUGACUGUCGCGACGCCGACAUUGUGCUGCGUUCGAGCGAUGGCGUGGAGUUCCUGGUCCACAAGAGACUCCUCCGUAUUGCCUCCAGGGUCCUCACCCAGCUCAUUCCCUUGGCUCGGAUGCCUCCCCCCUCGUCUUCCUCAGGUCGUCGCCACAAGAAGGAGCGCCCCGUCCUUGACCUCGCGGAUUCCAGCGAGAACCUCGACCUGUUCUUGCGCUUCAUCUACCCCAUCCUCGAGCCCUCGAUCAUGCUGAACGAGGUGUACACCAUUCUCGAGCUCUCCACCAAGUACGAUGCCCCGAGCGUCGCCCAGCGCAUGCGUCCCCACCUCCUCCGCCCAGACCACCUGGAGGCCGACCCUUACGUCAUCUAUGCCCUCGCGACCUAUGCCCACAUGCAGGACAUCGCGGCCGUGGCAGCUCGCCACACCCUCUCGCACCCGAUCCCGCCCACACUCAAGCUGACGGAGAUGGCGGAGGGGACGGACCUCGUCCGUCUGCUCGAGUACCGCAAGAAGUGCGUCGCGGCUGCGGUGAGCGUCACGCGCAUCGCCGACGACAACGUGCCGUGGUGGGUGCAGCUGCAGUGGCGGCGGUUCUGCUUCCUGAGCGAGUGCUGGGAAUGCGCGAAGCUCCUUCCGGGGCGGAGCUUGAAGUGGCAUCGGACGGCGUGCGGGACGGUGCGGGUACCUGACUACUGGGUCGAGUAUAUGGCUGCGGCGGGCGCGGCGCUGGUGGAGAAGCUGGAUCCGAAGGUUGCGAAGGACCGAAGGCUGCUGCAGCCAGCGAUUGAAUGCGCUAUGAGGUGCUCGAAGUGUGCUGCGGCGGCGUGGAAGGAUGUGGAGGAUUUUGCGGAGAUUCUGGCAGCUGCGGUCGAGGAGGCCGUUUGUUCGGUGAAGUUUCCUGUCCAAGGCGACGAGGACGAAUACGCACGGGACGACAUUAACGCGUUAAUGAUGCCCCCGAAGACCAACUACCUCUCGGCAUCUGACCGACCCGUAUGGCCUAUGUUUGAUUACUUUUGGGACACCUGGCGUAAACGGAUUCCGGAGGAAGACACGACGUCCGUUAUUCUUGAGGAUGACGACCAUACUCUGCCACCUCCUAGCGAGCGAGACUGCUAAGCGUUAAGUUCUGCAGCUGGACAGUUCGCAGGCUGGGCGGUCCACGAUGGAUGAUUCACGAAAUGUACUUUACCGGAGAAGCUCUCUCGCUGGCUGUGGACUCCCAUAAUACCCGACUUCUUAUUCAUCUUUGAUACCAUGCCAUUGGC